AUGUCUACAGAAGGACCAGAAGCAGUGGCAGCAGCAGUUGCACCAGCGGCCACAGGAGCGAAAUCGGUUGAAAAGAAGAAUAACAAGAAAUCCAAGAAGAAUGAUCAAUUCUUGUUGAAGACCCCAAAGGGUACUAAGGAUUGGGCUGAUAAAGAUAUGAUCUUUCGUGAAGCCAUUUUCAGUUCGUUGACUACUCUUUUCAAGAAACAUGGUGGUGUGACUAUUGACACUCCAGUUUUUGAAUUGAGAGAAAUCCUUACUGGUAAGUAUGGUGAAGACUCCAAGUUGAUCUACAAUUUGGAAGACCAAGGUGGGGAAUUGACCUCUUUGAGAUACGAUUUAACUGUUCCAUUUGCUCGUUUUGUUGCCUCUAAUAACAUCAGCAACAUUAAACGUUACCACAUUGCUAAGGUAUACAGGAGAGAUCAACCGGCCAUGACUAAAGGUAGAAUGAGAGAGUUCUACCAGUGUGAUUUCGAUGUUGCCGGUGUCUACGACUCUAUGGUUCCAGACGCUGAAAUAUUGAGUGUUAUUGUCGAAGGUAUGACCGGCUUGGGAAUUAAGGAUUUCAAGGUUAAAUUGAAUCACAGAAAGAUCUUGGAUGGAAUUUUCCAAGCUUGUGGUGUCAAGGAAGAAGAUGUCAGAAAGAUUUCAUCGGCCGUUGAUAAAUUAGAUAAGUCUCCAUGGGAAGUAGUCAAGAAGGAAAUAUGUGUUGAAAAGGGACAAUCUGAAGAAGUUGCUGACAAGAUCGGAGAGUUUGUCAAGAUUAACGGAACAAUUCGUGAAGUUGUCGAAAUUUUGGCCAAGAAUGAACUUUUAGCUAGCAACGAAUCCGCCCAAGCUGGUAUUACAGACAUGAAGUUAUUGGCCGACUAUGUUGAUGCUUUUGAAGUCGGCCCAUGGAUCAGAUUUGAUUUGUCGUUAGCAAGAGGUUUAGAUUACUAUACUGGUUUAAUUUACGAAUGUGUCACAGAGGCCUCAGCACCACCAAAGAACGCUCAAGAAUUGAAAGAGAAGAAGUUGAAGGAUGCCAAGAAGAAGAAGGAUGCAAACACUGAAGACGACGAUGCUUCUGAAUAUGUUGGUGUCGGAUCUAUCGCCGCUGGUGGUCGUUACGACGGCUUAGUUGGUAUGUUCUCCAACGGUAAGUCUAUUCCAUGUAUCGGUAUAUCAUUUGGUGUGGAAAGGAUUUUCUCUAUCAUCAAGGCUAGAGCUGCUAAGCAGUUAGAAGCCGUCAGUGGGUCAGAAACUGACUGUUACGUGAUGGCCUUUGGUGGUGGCGAAGGCUGGACUGGAUUCUUGAAGGAAAGAAUGGAAGUUACCAAGCAAUUAUGGGCUGCAGGCAUAAACACUGAAUACUUAUACAAGGCCAAAGCCAACCCUCGUAAGCAAUUCGAAGCUGCCGAGAAGAAUGGUUCCAAGGUAGCAGUUAUCUUGGGUAAGGAAGAGUUCCCAACUGGCCAAGUUAGAGUUAAAGUGCUAGGCCAAGGUAAUGACAGUGACGAAGGUGAAUUGGUGAAGAUUGAAGACGUAGUCAAAGUGGUUAAAGAGAAAUUAGAUUCCAUAAACACUGAUGGUUUGGAUGAAGUCACCCGUUUAAUCAAAGGGUUGUAA